AUGCCCUCCGAUUCGUCCGAGCAGCCUUCUUUCACAGGAUUCCUCACAUCGGGGAGGGCGGAGGCGGCCGAAGGCACCCGUGGAUACCAGAGUACGAAGACGCGCGUCAAAGAAGCAGCGACAUCAGUGGCAGGUGUUGCUGAGAGCGUGGCGUACGAUAUUCUCGCGACGGGUGCAGAUCUUCUUCAAUUUGCACCUGUUCCUGCUCUAGGCUCGGCUUGCUCUGUACUAUUGAGCAUCUGGGACGCUGUUCAGUUGAUCGAGAUCAAUCGGACAGCUUGCUUGCGUCUCACCGAACGAUGUGCCGAGACACUUCUCUCCGUACACGAAGAGAUCCGUCUCGCUGGUUCUGAGGCUGCGAAUGAACUAUCCGAACCCAUGAAGAAACUUCACUCAACGUUGCAAGGCGUGCAUGAGUUCCUUCUCAAGCAGAAGCGUCGCACCUUUUUACAGCGUUAUCUGAAGCGCGACGAGAAUCAACGUGAUAUUGCGAACUGGCAUACAUCUUUGGAUGACGCGCUGUCUCUGUUUAAUGUUAAGAUACAGAUACGCAUGCUCAAGCUUGUGCAGCAAAGUGAACUUCGCCGCCAGGAAGACUCCAAAAUCUUGGGAUCCUUCGUCGCUCACUCGCCCUCUGCAUCCACAUCAGUGACUCCGGCCGUUGCCCCUCCCGGGUCAUUCUCGGCCACCAUCGCGAUGGAUCGAAUGCAAGAUUCGGUACAAAUUCGAUGGGUACUAUCUAGCUACAGACGAGCUCAGAGCGAGCGUGAUCGCGACAUCGACUUUGUGGGCCUACGGCAACUCCUCGACGCAGCUUUACAACAGCACGACGAUGUAGCGAUGAUCGAGGUGCUACAGAUCGGACGCGAUGAAAUGCCAGAGGCCAUCCGCACACUGCAACGCGUGCUUCAACAUGACGCUGAGAUCGUACCUCACUCAAGACGACAUACGCUCAGGAUUGGCGAACACAGGGGAUCCCGCAACAGGUUGCCUAUGGACUCGCCGACUACUAACACUGAUUCUUUUACAUUGGACGCAUUCGACAGAACAUUUAUCGGGGAAAGCAUUCAAGCGCUCACGCGUCUCACAUUGAAGCAAGGCGACGAGCUCAAAGUCCCCAGUUGGACCAUCACGCGUCACGAAAUCGAGAUAGAAAAGAAGAUCGGGAUUGGGUUCUCUAGCGACGUUUAUAGAGGCCGUUUCCAGAGUCAAGUAGUCGCUAUCAAGAUACUCACGGCAGCGUCUCCGCGCGAGUUUUUUGUACGCGAGAUCAAUAUUUGGAUCAGACUCCAACACCCGAAUGUUCUGAAGCUGCUGGGUGCCAGUUCUACGACCGGAGAUCCUCCUUGGUUUCUUGUGAGCCCUUACUGCGCUCAAGGCAACCUUGUGCAUCAUCUGAAGACUAGUGCGCCCGGGACGCUGGACGACAUCGUCUUGAUGAUGCGCGAGAUCGCAGAGGGUAUGCAUUAUCUGCAUGCACAAGGUGUCUUGCACGGCGACCUGAAGGCAUCGAACAUCCUGCUUGACGAUAGCGCGCGAUGCAUGAUAUCAGACUUUGGACAGAGCGAGAUCACGUCUGAGGCUUACCGCCUUGACGGGCUGCCAAGAUCCCCGGCCGGCUCAUUCAGAUGGAGAUCACCGGAACUCAUGAUGAGCAGCACUAUACGACUUACGCCUGCAAUAGACAUCUAUGCCUUCGGUAUCCUCUGCAUCGAGAUCCUCAGUCGCGGUGCCCUUCCUUGGCCUUUGUUAGACGAUGAUGCUGUCUGGCGUCUUGUAUGUGGGCACGAUCAAAGGCCCGAUCUACCACCAUCAUGUCCACAGGAACACCCCAUAUCGGCCGUUGUUCAGUCUGCUUGGCAACGCGACCCCAGCCUGCGACCAUCCUUUCGAACCAUCGUGCAACGAUUAGGACCAACUAACGGGACCGUUGGCUCGCGACUUCCGUCGCACAUCUUGGCAGCGAUAUUUGAGUUCGUGAAACAGGAAUCCUUUGGCGAAUACGAGGACAUGGGAGACAACAAUAAAGAAUGUGGACAGAAUGGAGAAUGGACGGUUAAGGUAAUGGGAUGGGUCACAUUCUCGCAUAUAUGCCAUAUAUGGAGACAGGUUGCGCUGUCGACACCCGGUCUUUGGAGAGAGAUCAAGUUCAGCCAUACAGGUCCGAAAUGGGCAUACGAAAUGGUACAGCGCUCGAAGGUUGCGCCGCUUCAUGUGGAACUAGGUCUUGGACAGAACGCGAACCCUUACUGGCCGUCGGAAGAGGUCCUGCGCUUUGCCGACCAUGUCAUGCGAUCUCAACCCGACCGCAUUCGUACAUUGACAAUCUUCGGGGAAAAUACCGCACCACUUGCCAUCCAGUUGUUCACGCACGAUCCCUUUCCAUCUAUGAAGUUCGUGCACAUAGAGAACACUUCGCGACUUCUCUUGGCCCUCUCAGUUAACGUCCUUGUCAAUCGCGUACCAAAGGCGGCAGAGCUCUGCGUCAUUGGGGUACUCUUUCGAGGCACGCCAAGCGCACCACUCGAGCAUCUCACAUACUUUGACCUACAGGUCUCGGACGUUGUCGAUCCCGAGUCCGUCUACGACUGGAAUCUGCUGGAUAUUCUCGGGGGCAUGCCCGCAUUACAGCACCUGUACAUCACCGAUGCGUACCCACCAAGCUCCCCUCCCCAGGAGCGCAAACCAAUCGUGCUCGCAAAGCCGCUGGAGACUCUGACCCUGACCGCACGCCGCUUUCCGUCCGAAAUGGCACAGUUCUCCGAGUUCCUCCAGCAUCCAACGACCUUCCGCGACUUUGACUUCUCAGAUGCAGAGCCUGAAGUCAUCGCACGAGUCCUCGAACGACAGGUCGGAACUGAGCGUCCGCCCCGCUCAAUCUACCUCGAACUCGACCACGCUCAGGACAAGGUCAUCUUCAGCGCUAGCUUCUCUGUUUGGCCAACAUCAGAGGAUGGCAAUACUCCGACGCCGCUGAACGACGUCUCAUUGACAGUCUCAGGUCUCGAGAUGCACGCCGAGGCAUUCAUGAAAGCGAUAGACUUUCGAGAAGUACAGGAUCUUACGUUCAUGGACGACGACGAGGUGAAUGCGCCGAUGCCUUGGAAAGGUUUCGCGACAGCGAACGCCACGAAGCGGAUGCGCGUCAUCGGACCUGCCGCCCACGCUCUCUUUGACAUCCUUAUGACGCCUCCGGACGAGAGCGAUCCCGAGAGCGUCGGCAACAUGUUUCCGGCUCUCGAGGCGCUCAGCAUCAUCGAGAUGCCGGAGCAGGCACCCAUUAUGGGUCAGGAAGCUCUACGGGAGGCAGACCGGUUGCUCGCCGCCGUAUCCGCGCGGCGUGAGCGAGGAAAGCCCAUACGCGAUCUGAAGGUUCCUGACCGCUUACUGGAAGGAGAAUGGCUGGAUACCAUUCGGCAGCACGUCGAGAAGGUUGGCGGGAGUAGACCGCGGUUCUACUGA